AACUACAGACAAGAACCUGAUUAUUUCAUCUAUUGACUACGACUUAAUGGAUCAGAAGGUCUUCUGGACAGACCUCGGUGCGGAAGGUAUUAAGUGGAUAAGCAUGGACACAAAGAAGAAAGGGACUGUGGUGAAAGGUUAAUGUACUGGUCUGAAAUUGGAGGAGAGCCCCACAUAGAACAAGCUGGAAUGGAUGGUAGCAGCAGAAAAGUGCUCAUCAGUCAAGGUCUUGGCUGGCCAACUAGCAUAGUUCUUGACCAGUUGAGUUGGAAGAUAUUCUGGUCCGAUGACAAAUUUCACUGUAUUGGUUCUAUCAAUCUAGAUGGUACCAGUAUUAGUAUGUUACAGCUCACACAAAUCAAGAGCCCCUUUUCGGUCGCUGUAUUGGAAGAUGAAGUCUUCUGGUCUGAGAUGAAGACAAGAACAAUACAGCAUAUGAAGAAGAUGACAGGCAAGAACAGGGCUGUCCUCAUCAAGCAUUUUGAACAGCCUAACGGACUCAAGAUAAUGCAUGAAGUGCUACAGCCUAGGUCUUCUAAUCCUUGCCUGGAUACUGGAUGUUCUCACUUGUGCCUUCUGAGCGCACAAUCCAAGGGAAGCUGUCAUUGCCCCAUUGGAUUCUUGCUUGCAGAUGAUGGCAUCAACUGCAUUCCUAUCAAGGAUUCUGCAUUUCUAUUCCUUGCGUUGCCCACAGUUAUCAUACAGAUUUAUCUGAAAAAUCUAGACACUUUACUAGGACAAUCAACUUUACCAGAGCAUAGGAUACUUCCUGUUACCACUGUGAACCAUCUGACAUCAAUGGACUGCCUUGUCCAGGAGAAGGCACUCUACCUUUCAGAGUUGGAUAAUCGUGAUAUUAGGCAACUGAGGCUCAAAGAAUCUGGAAAUCUGUCUUGGAGGAGAAUCAUAUCUGCAGAAGGGACAGUAAUCAACCUUUCUGUGGACUGGUUGAGUGGAAACGUAUACUGGAUUGACAGUGAGAAUCCUCACAUCAGUGUAGCUUCUUCAGAAGGGAGAGGACUCAUAGAAAGUAUUCAACAAGAUGGCUCUAGAUACAGAGUUGAUUGCAGAGGAAUUCUGGGCCUUAACCACUUUACAUACGGCAAAGGCAUGAUGUUCUGGACAACAAUUGAUGAUGGUGCUUAUCCAGAUAAAAUUCACUCAGUACCAACACCUGAAAAGCCAGAAGCUGGAAAAAUGGUGAAUUUGAAAGCUGCUCAACCUCUCCAGGCUACCAAGCCCACCUAGGCCAGUUAUCUGGGUCCAGAAGGGAUGAAUUAUCCUGUCAGAAAAACACUGAUCCCUCCAAUUCUCGCUAGAGAAAGCAAGACCUCAGAAACCAAGGAAAGAGGGGAGUCUGUUCAGCCCAAGGACUCACAGAGGCAAAACAUCUGCCCUGUAGCAGUGAUUUCUGUAAUGGGAGGGGAAUCCGUACAAUGGAAGGAGAGAUGAGAAAAUGCAGCUGUCUGAUGGAACAGGGUCAAGAGUUCUGUGAAGAGGCAGUGCAUGGACCCGCCCCUGGCCACAUCGCCCUCAGCUUAACCAUUGGCUUAUCAGUUAUUCUGGUAGCUCUGGGAGCAUUUGUAUAUUUCAGAAGAGAACAUGACUUAAAAAGGUGAAUAGCAAUUAAUGUCCUCAUGAGAGAGUUUAAAUUUUUUCCUCAUGGGAGAGUUUUAUUCCAAAGAAGUCACUUAUAAAAUAAGAUUAAUGAGUUUGGAGGUAUGAAUUCACUCUAGAAACUUGUCCUCUGGAAAAGGAUUUAGGUGAUGAAGUAGGCUUCCCUGUUAGAUAACCUGGGAAAAACAAAAACAAAACAGAGACUAUCUCUUUGGGUGAGACCUGGGACAAACAAUAUUAUUGUAAGUGGCAGAUAAAAUCUGACUAAACCAGCAGUCAGUGGCACAAUCUCAGGGAUGAAAUGAGAUUUCCCACCAAUGAGGCAGAGUUAGUGCUAAUGAUUAUUUGGAGGAAAAAUUAGGUGUAUUAGUUUGCUAGAGCUGCUAUAACAAAUGCUACAGAUUGAGCAUAUUAAACAGAGAUUUAUCUUCUCACAGUUCUGGAGGCUGGAAGUCUAAAGUCAAUGUGUCAGUGGGGUGGAUUUCUUCUGAGGCCGAGGGUUUGUUUCUUCUUGAAUUGUAGGUGCAGACUUCUCCCUGUAUCUUUACAUGAUCUUUCCUCUGUACAUGUCUGUGUAUAGUCUCUAAUUCUACAAGGACGCCAGUAAUUUUGGCUUAAGGCUCAUACUAAUGACCUCAUUUAAUAUAAUGACCUCUUGAAAGACCCUAUCUCCGAAUAUGGUCGCAUUCUGAGGUAGUGGGGGGUUUAUGACUUCAACAUAUGAAUUUGAAGGGAACACAUUUCCGCCCAUAACAGGAGGUAAAAUGAAAAACUUAGGAAAAAUUUAAAGCGCAAGUGUUAAGUUUGGUGUAAUAGCAAGAGAUUCAUUGGAUUGAAGAAACGAACGAGAAUAACAAAUUGAUGAUUUAGAGUAGGAAUGAUUACAAAACAAGCUUUAGAGUGGGAAGAUACAGUAAUUGAAGAAACUGAUUAAAUACACAUAUUGGGAAGGGACAUUAAACAACCUAUGUAUCAAUAAAUCUAGAGCUGAUCAAAGUUUUAUAGGUUACAUGUCUGUCCAGCCUUCACUUUAUAGACUGAAGAAAAGACCAAGAGGAGUGAUUUGUCUUUGCCCAAGGUAACACUGGUUAAUAGCUAACUGGUUAAUUAUUAAGAUGACUAAUACGCUACCCUUGGGGUUCUGAUUAUCACCUUAGGUUUUUCUACCACAUUAACUUGCUUGCCUAACUCACUCGUGUCCAUUUGUUAAUCACCUGUCCUGUGAUUUGGUAUUCAUUGAUUCCUAUUAUCUAUUUUCCCUUGAUUGAGAGAAUGUAUCAUUUUGAGAGUUAAGUAAAUGUCCAGUAACAAGUCAUAAUUGACUCAAGUAUUAUCCAUUCUAGGUCAUUUGCUUUGUUAAAGAGACGAUUAAGAUGGCAUAAUUCCUACAAAAGAUAACCUUUGAUGGGGGAUGAGUUGUCCCUUUCUAAUUAUUCCCCAAUCCCAGUUUCUAUCUCAAGGAACAACUCUUUUGACUUUGUUUCUUUGAUUUCUAGAAAUAGUACAGCAUCAUCGAGAAGUUCAACCAGCCAUAAGAAAAAUGACCAAGAAGAAGAGAUUCUAAUGAACAGUGAGACUUUUGUCAAUGAAGCCUAUAAUGAGCUGGUAUGCCUAGAAGUCUUUUUGAGAAAAACAGAUCGUGAGAAACAGUUAAAGAACGUCCCUUCCGAAAAAUCCUAGCUGGCUGAAAGUAGGCAGUGCUAAUAAAUGAUGCUAUUAUGUAUAUCAAGUGAAUGCUCAGCAACUGUUUUGUCCUUAGACUCUAUUCAAUCUUUAGUUGUUCAAACCAGAGUGAAAUGUGUGAGAUAGUAAUCAAGAAAUUCAGGUUUUGGUAACUUCCAUAAGGGGCUCAAUUCUAUUGUGGGAUGGGGUGUGGGAUGUUAUUAGGGUUAUUUGGCGUUAACCUAAGAAUUUAUGUUCCUGCUGUGAUCUCUGAUAACUUCUGUAUAGCUCAACUAUGUUUUUGCUUUGUUUUAACGUAGUCUGUGUUCUCUAACUUCAAGUCUCUCUUCCUAUAGGAAUCAUUAACCUCUUUGCAAACUGACUAAUCUUAGAAAAGAGGAGCUGAAAACAUCUCAAUAAAAAUUGCUUAUACAUUUCA